GAACUUUUAGAACUGGAGGUACAAGCUGUGUAAGAAGUUGUUUAAUAAUUCCCUCAGACAGCGAUCAGGUGUGAGAAGAUUUACUCUCUAUGUAUACGAGCACAAAUAAAAAUAAUGAAUACAAGGUGUGACGAGGAGCCUAAGCGAAAAAGACUAAAACAAAGCAGUAUUGAGGAGAGCUUCAAACGUCACCGCUCAAGCUUCAAAUCGAAGACAUCGCUUCAUCUGGCAGGUAUAAAUUAUUUAAAAAGUUAAUUCUUGGUGAAUGGGAUGUAAGCACGGGAUCGUAGCCCACAGAUGUCUUGGUUUCAGGGUUUGGAAUGGUUUGCUUAUGUUUCCGAUUGCUCUUGGAGUUUACGUAUCUUUAUUAGCAUGACAACAGCUGUGUACAGAUAAAAACCUUUAGGUUACUAAUUAAGCUUGAUUAUAUAAUUAUGUGAACAUUCGGUCAAGAAUAAAACCAAGGGGGAGUGGACCGCUUGGUCUAGUCAAUUAGAGUUAGCUACUUGAUGUAUUUUACUACUUAAUUGAUUUAUAAUUAGUAAGUUAGGGUUUGAUUUACUUAGUUAUUUGGUGAUAUUUUAUUUCAAAAUCCAAAAAUGUGUUUGUUUGAAUAGAAGAUGCUAACCUUUUCACAAAAGUUUCGGUUAAUCCACCAGAUUUCAGUCAUCAGGCUAAAAACUGAGAAAAGAAAGUAAGAACUGAUGUGGGAUUACUAUGAAUGGGCCACUAGAUUUAACAAUUUUAUGAUUUAUGAAAUAUCGUUUCAAAGAACUAAAAUCCAAAAAGAAAAGAGUCACGAGCUGCAGUUUGUUAAAUAUUGAAAAAGGUUUUAGGUUGAUAUAACAUUAAUAUCAACAUUUUUAUUGAGAUCCUACGUAGAUUUUAGAAGAUAAUAUAAUGAAGUUAAUGAUUUUUUCUGAAGGAGUUGCUUUGUCCUGUUUUUGUAUUGUUAGAUAAGAAUCAAAGGUUACUGUCACAAAUUAUGCAUCAAAGUGUAUCAUCACCAAGUGAAGAUGAAUUAAGGAAGAAAAGAGCUCUUCUGGCAGAUGCCGCUGAAAAAAGACGGUAACUUUCAGCACAAUGUAACUUUGAUUUUAAAAGUUCUUUUUCACACCAAUUUUUGCAACAGAUUGUGCUAAUCUGCAUUCAUUGAUUUCAGUGGUAGUAUUUUGCCUCUUUUAUAGUAUAUCCCGAAGCUCUCAACUAGCCCCAUAUUUUGGUGUUAACAUCUUGAUUGCCAUAGAGAGAUGAAAAAUUCCCAUUUUUGAAAUUAUGGGAUUGGUUGGCGUAUUCAGAGAGAACAAGAUGAAAAAAGCCCCCUCUGCCAAAAAUCAACCUGCUAGUGCAAAUUGGUGAGGAGGAGCUAUGAGCUCUGGUUGCUCUGAUGGCUCCAUACAAUCCAUUUGAAAUAGAGUACUAAAGUGUGACGUCAUAAAAAUGAAAUUUCUGAAAUUAUGGGAUUUGUCAGGAUAUUCUGAAAGAACAAUGUCCAAGAGGCCUACUUGCCAAAAAUGAGCAUUUGGGGGCAAAUUGUCUCUGAAAUGGUAGCCCAGUUAUGCUUACAAAACUCCAUACAAACCCUUCUAAAUUUUUUUUGGGUCGACCCAAAAAAAAAUUAGAAGGGUUUGUAUGGAGUUUUCUGAGUAUAACUGGGCUAGGAUCUCAGAGACAAUUUGCCACGAAAUACUCAUUUUUGGCAAGUAGGCCUCUUGGACAUUGUUCUUUCAGAAUAUCCUGACAAAUCCCAUAAUUUCAGAAAUUUCAUUUUUAUGACGUCAUCACUUUAGUACUCUAUUGCCUUGGAUCUUAGCAUUAAUGAUUCAGGCCUAUACUAUUUUAGAGGGAUUUGUGUAGAGCAUAAGAUUAAUCUCCACCAAUUUACACAAACAGGCUGAUUUUUAGCAAGUGAACAUUUUUUGUCGUGGUCCUUCUAGAUGUGCCAACGAAUCCCAUAAUUUCAUGAAUUUAGCUUUUUUGACAUCAUCAUGUCUCUUCUGUAUUAGCUGAGCUGCUUUCUCAGUAGAAUAGAAACACUAUUAAAAAUGUCAGUUCUACAGCAUCCCAUCUGUUGUGCAGCUUCAGGCUUAACAUUAGUGUGCUCCAUGGGUUUCUCCUUGUAACUUGUCACUGCAACAAAUUGCCCAGAGUAUGGCAAGCUCAUUGUUUAAUUUCUUGCCCCUAGACAGAAGAAAAUAAAUCACCACAAGAGAACAGAAUAAAUUCAGUGAUUAAUUAGUAUAGGUAAUAGCAUGUAGUGAUAUUUGGCAUAAAUACCACGAGUAAUAUUUCAAAAUUGUUAUACGAAAUUUCACGAGCCGUUGGGCAAGUGAAAUUUGAGACAAUUUUGAAAUAUCACGAGUGGUAUUUACGCCAAAUAUCGCAUACAAAUCAUGCUACUAUUUGUUUAUACUACUACCCACAAAGGGUUUGUAAUUUUCACAUGUAGGUAUUUCAAAUUAAGCUGAAAUACCACUGCUCUAAGCCAAUCAAAUUGCAGUAAUUUUUCAUGUAGUAGUAUAAUACCUUUAAUUGGCUGUAAGAAUCAAUUUUUUGGGACUGUACACAAAUAUGUAAGAUGAAAGCUUGCACAUUAAUGACGUAAUUUUAAACCUACAUAAUACAUCUGAUCUGAUCAUUUAAUUUGUCACAAAAGUAUUGAAAUCUAGUUAUUAUUAUAGUUAUGAAGUCUUGUGUUGAGAUCUUUGAAUUUAUCAGGCAAGUGUUAAUUUUGUUAUUUCUUGAUAUACCAGUUGAUAAAACCCUUUUUUUUUGACAGUGAGAGUGCCUCAAAUACUGCUGUAACAUCAGCAACAUCCACUGCUAGUUCAGAUAUGGUUCUGGAAGGUGGCAGCAAGGAUGGACUAAGUGACAAUGAUAACCCCCUUCGUGAUGAAUUUGAUGAUUCUCCCCUUCUUUUUCCUGAGUAAGCAUUUGCUCCACUUAUAAUUUGGUCUACAGUAAUUUCUGAAAGUGUAGUAGCAAUCAAGCAAACUUAAAAUGGUUUUUGCUUUAUCUGUUCUUUAUUGAAUCAUUUGAGACUUGAGGCGAAUAAACCAUCUUCAUUCGAAACAUUGUGGGUCCCAGUGUUAUUUUUAAUUAAACAAUCUAUCCAAAUAAAACUGAAGUGCUUAUCAAACCUGUUCAAACCAACCCCCUUCCCACCCCCACCCCAAAGCCCAACAACAGGCUCUUUCAUCUUUGUUGUAUGCCAGAAACACAUAUUUUUUCUUCAAAGUAAUUUACAGUUAGACAACUGUAUGUUCAUAAUCUGUAAAGUAAAGGCUCUUGAUAAAACUUUUGGUGUUUGUUAAUAUUAUAUUGCUUAGAAUUUUAGUGAUUCGUUGAAGUAACUUGUGUUUAUUUGUUUCAUUUUAAUUUAGUACACCCCCACAAGCUCCUUCAUCAGAAGAAAUUCUGCAACAUUUUGUGACAGGGGUGAGAUAGCAAAUUGAAGAGCAAGUACAUCAAAAUACCUUGUAUACUCAGAAUAACAUUGUGUUAAUGGACCAUUUGCAUCGUUUUUAAGAACUAUUAAUUGACUGACGACAGUUUCUCCUUUUCCAAAUCAUGGCAUUUCUAAACAUUAAAUUAGUAAUACCCCUCUCCUCCAUCUGUGUUAAUAGGGAUCUUAAGCAAUGACAACAACGAUGGCAGUGAAAACAUCACUAAAAAAGAUAAAUGAAUUUGCCUCCUUUCAAAUUUUAUCAGUUCUAUUAUUUUUUUGGAACAGCUCAAUUCAUCAAAUGUUGGCAACUUUUCCUGGAGUUGAAUUCUUAAGUGCUUUAUCCAUGUUCAAAUAGAUCUAGGAGGGAAAAUUUGUCGUAGUAUGUCCACAUCCUCUAAAACAUUGCAUUGGGAGGUUUUACAUCGUAGUCGUGCAGUGGACGUCAAAGAAAUGUACUAAAAAGUGUGAUGCACAUGCAGAGCAGUUGUUUUGCUCACAAAACCAAUUGUUCUUUGGUGUUGUUGUUGUUAUCAAUAGUCGUCGUCCCUUAAGGUCCCUAAUAGGCACUCUAAAAACCCCUUACAAAACAACCAAGCACAUUCAUUAAUUAAUAAUAAUAAUCCAAGUGCAUGUGCCUUCUAUAAUGACUGCCUUACCACACAUACAUGUAAUCUGUACUGGUAUGUAUUCAUCAGCACAAAACAGGGAACAGUUUGAGUCAUAAUCAUUCUCAUGUUUUUCCUGUCCUCAGGGAGCACCCCUUUCAAGCCUUAACAUAGUUCCUGUGUGUUCUCUACAACUUCCUCCUCUAGUUCCCCAACCUGACCACACUGUUUUAGUGAGAGUGAGUUCUUCAAUAUUAAACUUCUGUUUGUAAUUUACAGUUAACACGAAAGUUACAACCUCUUAAAUAAUGCAGCUUAUUAUAAUCAAAUGCUUUCCCAGUAAAAAUGUUUUGCUCUAGCCAAUUACUCACUGUGGCAAAGAUAGAUAUUAAGAGUUGAAAAUAAGAAAAAUUUUGCAUCUCCACUGCAAUGACAAUUCUUUUUUUUUACCAUGUUAGUAAAAUUGUAAAAAAUACUGACAAAAACAGUGACAUGAAAAGUUAGGGUUACAUAUUCUUCAUAUAUCAUUGUUAUUAUUCAUAUCAAUCAGAAGUAAUGUUAUACUACAUUAAGUAUCUGAUUUUGCUUACUUAUUUUUGUGUGCGUGUGUUUCAGGCAUCUUUGAACUGUAAUUUUGCAGAACCUCCAAAACCAUCUUACAAGAACUAUAGGUAAUGUACUUGGUGGCAAGCAUGUCAUGUGUUCAAGUUUGUAUAUGCUCAUUUCCUUUUAUUGACAGUUGAUAAUAUUGAUAAUAUUGAUAAUUUUUGCAAAGUGCCCAUAGGUAAGCUUUGCAAAUGGGCAGUUUUUAAACCCCUGUGUCAUUUGCCAUCUAUGGCUUGUGGAUCAUGGUAGGAACUUGGAUUUCUCAUUUUCAUGCAUUCCCAAGGAUAUUUCGGACAGUAACCAAAUCCUGUUCUUUAAUUUUGAUAAAAUCUUUUUCCAGUCUUAAGUCAUGUUUUCAUCGAGCGUAUACCACAGUCCACCAAGCAUCAGUUGUUCUUAAGGUUGGUAGUGCUAUCCACCAGAUAAAUCACUAUCCAGUGGAUAUGUAUAAGGGAGACCAAUAAUACACAAUCCAGUGGAUAGAGAUUUAUCGAGUGGAUAGCAUUAGGGCAACUGGGGCCUGAAAAGUCACUUGUCACUUAUGAGGUUUACUUUACUUCGCUAGGAAGUUUUCAUAGCAGUGAACCACAUAAUAUGUUUCUGGUUGUGUUUGAUUUCAGGGACAAAUGGGAUAGAAAUCACGUGCGAAUGCCUUGCUCCAGCGAAAAUCUCUACCCAGGAGAGGUGAUAAUUUUUUUUAAAUGUACGGUCUGAAACCACGAACAAAAUAUUCUGUGUUUGACUAAGGAAGUACUGUACAUGAGAAAGAGGAUGAAAGAAAACUUGUUUGGUAUUCUUCAGUUGACUCUAAAAUAUUAAUGACAGUUAAUAAUAACAAUAAUAAUAAUAAUAAUAAUAAUAAUAAUAAUAAUAAUAAUAAUAAUAAAAACACGUGUUUAAGUCCAAGAUGAAGUCAAUGAAAGAAGAAAAGUGGAAAAACAAAGCAUUGCAUGGCCAGUAUCCAAAGAUCCUAGAGAAGCCUUAUGUAGACACAGUCACCACCAACAAAUGGUUGUCAAGUAAUUUGAAAGGAGAAACAGAGGGACUACUUGUAGCAGCUCAAGACCAGGCAAUAAACACCAGAAACUACCAGAAAGUAAUAUGUGGCCAGUAAGUGGAGAGCAAAUGCAGAUUGUGUUCACAACAUGAAGAGACAGUGGACCAUAUUGUAUCUGGAUGUGAGGUAUUAGCGAAAACAGAGUACAUCUCCAGGCACAAUAAUGCUGCAGCGUAUCUCCAUUGGAGCAUAUGUAAAGAUCAUGAUAUAGAGAUUACAGACAAAUGGUACGAACACGAACCAGAGACCAUGAUACACAAUAAAGAUAACAACAUCACCAUCAUGUGGGACAUGCCAGUCAAUACUGAUAGAACUAUAACAGCGAACAGACCAGAUAUCAUUGUUAAUGAUUCAGUGAAUUCCACCUGCAAACUUAUUGAUAUGACUGUUCCAUCAGAUAGAAACAUCGCACUGAAGGAAACUGAAAAAAAAUGCAAGUACAAAGACCUAGAACUAGAAAUACAGAGAAUGUGGCAUAUGAAAACCGUAGUGAUCCCUGUGGUUGUUGGUGCGUUUGGUACAGUNAAUACUGACAAAAACAGUGACAUGAAAAGUUAGGGUUACAUAUUCUUCAUAUAUCAUUGUUAUUAUUCAUAUCAAUCAGAAGUAAUGUUAUACUACAUUAAGUAUCUGAUUUUGCUUACUUAUUUUUGUGUACGUGUGUUUCAGGCAUCUUUGAACUGUAAUUUUGCAGAACCUCCAAAACCAUCUUACAAGAACUAUAGGUAAUGUACUUGGUGGCAAGCAUGUCAUGUGUUCAAGUUUGUAUAUGCUCAUUUCCUUUUAUUGACAGUUGAUAAUAUUGAUAAUAUUGAUAAUUUUUGCAAAGUGCCCAUAGGUAAGCUUUGCAAAUGGGCAGUUUUUAAACCCCUGUGUCAUUUGCCAUCUAUGGCUUGUGGAUCAUGGUAGGAACUUGGAUUUCUCAUUUUCAUGCAUUCCCAAGGAUAUUUCGGACAGUAACCAAAUCCUGUUCUUUAAUUUUGAUAAAAUCUUUUUCCAGUCUUAAGUCAUGUUUUCAUCGAGCGUAUACCACAGUCCACCAAGCAUCAGUUGUUCUUAAGGUUGGUAGUGCUAUCCACCAGAUAAAUCACUAUCCAGUGGAUAUGUAUAAGGGAGACCAAUAAUACACAAUCCAGUGGAUAGAGAUUUAUCGAGUGGAUAGCAUUAGGGCAACUGGGGCCUGAAAAGUCACUUGUCACUUAUGAGGUUUACUUUACUUCGCUAGGAAGUUUUCAUAGCAGUGAACCACAUAAUAUGUUUCUGGUUGUGUUUGAUUUCAGGGACAAAUGGGAUAGAAAUCACGUGCGAAUGCCUUGCUCCAGCGAAAAUCUCUACCCAGGAGAGGUGAUAAUUUUUUUUAAAUGUACGGUCUGAAACCACGAACAAAAUAUUCUGUGUUUGACUAAGGAAGUACUGUACAUGAGAAAGAGGAUGAAAGAAAACUUGUUUGGUAUUCUUCAGUUGACUCUAAAAUAUUAAUGACAGUUAAUAAUAACAAUAAUAAUAAUAAUAAUAAUAAUAAUAAUAAUAAUAAUAAUAAUAAUAAAAACACGUGUUUAAGUCCAAGAUGAAGUCAAUGAAAGAAGAAAAGUGGAAAAACAAAGCAUUGCAUGGCCAGUAUCCAAAGAUCCUAGAGAAGCCUUAUGUAGACACAGUCACCACCAACAAAUGGUUGUCAAGUAAUUUGAAAGGAGAAACAGAGGGACUACUUGUAGCAGCUCAAGACCAGGCAAUAAACACCAGAAACUACCAGAAAGUAAUAUGUGGCCAGUAAGUGGAGAGCAAAUGCAGAUUGUGUUCACAACAUGAAGAGACAGUGGACCAUAUUGUAUCUGGAUGUGAGGUAUUAGCGAAAACAGAGUACAUCUCCAGGCACAAUAAUGCUGCAGCGUAUCUCCAUUGGAGCAUAUGUAAAGAUCAUGAUAUAGAGAUUACAGACAAAUGGUACGAACACGAACCAGAGACCGUGAUACACAAUAAAGAUAACAACAUCACCAUCAUGUGGGACAUGCCAGUCAAUAAUUUUUUUUUAACAGGCAAUUUGAAUGUAAAAGAAUGAUAAAACAUCUAUUUUAAAACAAAAUAGUUAAAUUUGUCCAAUUAUCUUGACCUGGAAGGGAAAACAAAGAAAAAGGACACUUGUUUAAUAUUACAUGACCCUGUUACACCACUGACCACACUGCUUGUCUCUGAAAUCAAAAUGGCUGCUCAGAUAGCACGAUCAAAGAUUUCAGAUGUCUUGCAAGGCUUUCUUUAGUGGUAAAAAGCCUUAAAUAACAUUAAGAUUAGGAAAAUGUUUGAUUAAAGUUAGAAUUUAUUGUUUACUUUACUUGAAUUUAGCAUUUUUUUACAAAUUAUGAAAUUUUCCCCAAUUGUGCGAUCGGAUGCGAUUUGAGGUCAUAUUUUAUUGUGCCAAAUCGCACCAUUGCGUAAUAUCAGAUGGCCUGGCUUCCCUUUUUUUACGCCAGUUGACUCUAACAUAUCAGACCUUAGAUAUGUCUAGACCACUUUAACAUCUCUUGAGCAUAAAAAUGGCCAAUCAGUUCUGUGUUGCUUGAAGGAAAGAUAGCUUGUUUCCUCUAAUCAGGGUGCUAUUCAGAAGAUUACCAGGUAAUUCAAUGGUGAUUACAGUCAGAAUGUUUCCAUGAAAAAGCUAAAACAACCCACACUUUGGCUUACAUUUGCAUGUCUGUUUUAACAUGGAGUUAACAUGUAUAUCCACCAAACUACUAAAGUACCUGCUUUAAUGUGCUCGAUACUCAAUACUAUUCGGUAAUACUAAUCAUAGACUUUCCUGUAGGAUGCUAUCUUAAAGUACAAUGCUCGUUAUUCAAAAAGGUGGAACUUUGAGGCCCUACACAGCUAUUUUAAUGAGGUAAUAGAUUGCGUGAUAUUUAUUGUAUUAACAUUUUCAAUAUGUCGUCUUUCUUAAUCAUUGUAUAUAUUAUUAAGUUCUCCCAAACAUAAAAGUAGUUUCUUCCAAAUGAUAAGCUUAGCGAUGUGAAUUCCAUACAUGACUGUUUCUUUCUUGUUUACGUACAGAUGUUGGAUACUAGUGCAAGAGAAGAAUUCUUUGAGCAGACAUUACCAGCAAUGGUAACCUUGGCACUUCGUCUUCCCAUUUUGUGUACUCAGGUAUCAGGUUUGAUAACUGUUCUACUUCAUCUUACCAUUUCUUUACCUGAUAUUUACCUGAAGUAGCAGGAAGUGGCGGUAGCUGCCUGUAUGUACUGGCUUAUUUCUGUGCAUUCUUUUGAUAUUGAUGAGUUUAGUAUUAAAUGCAACUGAAAUAAUGUUAACUUUCUAUAGAAUAUCUGAUUUUCACUCUUCUUCAAAAUAAAAUUAUCUCAAAUUUCUGAAGACUUGUCCAUUAAAAUAAUUGCCAUAUUUCAUAUUAGUUGUCUAACAUGUUGCAAGUGCUCACUUUUACUAAGUGCCAUAUUUUUAUUUCUUUCCAGGCAAUUCCUCUUCUAAAACAGCAGCAGAACCACAGUUUAACAAUAAGCCAGGAGCAGGUUGGUUUUUCCCUAGUUCAAUAAUUCUAUUAUUAUUAAUCAGAACCUUAAGGGCAUGUAAUAACACUUAAAAAACUUGGACACCCUAGGAGACCUAAAAGUAAAUCACAUGCUUAUAAAAACCAAACUAGGACUAGGUUUUCCAAAUUUUGUGUUGUUAGUCCUACUAAUAUCCAAGGUGUUCCAGAUGUUCCAGGUGCUCUGUGCUUUAGGGUUUCAGUGAAUGCCAAAUCUUAAGCCUUCAGUGUUCUCACCAGUCUGCGGCCUUGCAGGAUUCCCGCAAGACAAGAACGUGAUGUCAAAAGAUUCAAAGUCUUUAGUUUUAUUUUGUUGACUUUCGUUGGUCCCACAUGCAUUGCAAAGAUUGGUGCAUGCAUCGUUAUCAAAUCGUAAACACAGGUGUAUGCCAUAUUGGAUCAGGUAGGUACUUCAUGUAGAGGACAGAUCAUUUGGAGUGUGCGCUCACUUUGUCCCCCUAAUGUUCUUACAGGGCCCCUAUUUCUCACCAGAGGAGGCCCUGGCACUCCCCAAGGCAUAGUCCUGGUGAGAACACUGAGCCUUAGGCAGCGAUGGAGAUGUUGAUGUACAUGAAGGUACCAUGCAUUAAUAACAAAAACCUGUUGCUGAAAAUUUAGAUGUCACUAGCUCUGUAAAUUUUUACAUCUAAGAAGAGCCAGUGCUCGCAUGAUGUCUGACAACACAUACAUGUACAAUUAGUUUGCCGUUCAUCAGGCUUGGCAUUCGGAAAUCUUUCACAGAAUUUAUCACACUGAACAGGUUGUAAGAUCAAUUCAUUUAAUAUGAAUGUGACUGUUUGAACUUUUAUUGCAGGCUGCUUGUUUGUUGGCCAAUGCCUUUUUCUGUACCUUCCCAAGAAGAAACUCACACAAGCAUUCAGAAUAUUCAUUAUUUCCAGACAUCAAUUUUAAUAGGUAAAGCUAAGUUACCUUUUUUAAAAUUUUUUUUGCUUCUUUCUUUUAAACUAAAAACUGAAAAUGAAGAAAUGAUCGUCGCAGUGAACGCAAUUUAUGCAAUUGCGUAAAGAAGCCUGAAAGAAGUUCAGGACUUCAACGGGGUUUGAACCCAUGACCUUGCGAUUACCGGGGCGAUGCUCUACCAACUGAGCUAUGAAGCCACUGGCGCUGGGAGCAGGACAAUAAUAUUGUGGGUUCAUAUGUUCCUGUGAAAGAAAUGAUUGUCAGAAAAAAAAGAACAUCAAAAAAUUGCAGUGGACAAAUGAACCUAUGCAAUCUGCUUUAUUUGUUGGAUAUUUUUAAGGUUGUUCCAAGGUGGGAAAGGAGGAACAAAUUCAGUCAAAACGGAAAAACUACGAGCUCUUUUACAUUACUUUAGAAGGAUAACAAGGGAAAGUAAGUGACUUGAUAGUUUCUGUUGAUUAUUCCAAAACAGGUUUGGUCACCAGUUAUGUUUACAAAUGUGAACCUCGUAUAUAACUGUUCUGUUAAGAGAGAAACAAAUUGUUUUUGGUUGCUUUAUUGAAUUAUUAAUACUAAGCUUGAUGACCAGCUGCUUUUCGGAAAUGGAGCCCACAAUGCUUCCCUGAAAGACUGGACCCAAGAAAGGGAAGCAGAAAAUCAAGUGUAACCUAAAGAACACUGUACAGUGGUCUCUUAUCAAGAGUUAACCCUUUAAGCCCCAACAUCAACAUGCAUCUUCUCCACACUGUUCUUCAUACAUUCCCUAUGGUACUGCUUGAGAGAAUUUGUUCUAUCAUCACGACAUUUCAUCUUUGGUGAUCAUUUCCUUAAUUCUCAUGACCUGUCUGUUUGAUCAGGCAGUGCUAUUAUUGGGAGAAAUUAGAUGUGGGUCACUAUUGGGGCUUAAAAGGUUAAUACAUGUACUGUAGAGACCUUGGCCAUUUUGACAUCCUCUUCAAAUGAUUUCAUUACAUUCACUGCAUAUGUUGGAAAGAGUUCAAGCUCUUUAAAUACUACCUAUCCAUUUUCCAUGCAGCCCAGUCUCAACUUUCCCACAACAAGACUCAACAAAUGUCAAGACUAUUUGAUGGCUGGUUAUGUUAUCCUUCUAAUGGAGACAGACUUCAUGUUGUUGACUUGACUUGCUUCUUUGUGACCAUACCAUACUUGUAAUUUCUCAGACAUACAGUUAAACUAGAAGCUUGCACUAAUGCAGAAGGAUAAAAUAUAUUUAUUGCUUCUGGGAUAUGGAUAGAGGGCAUGAAAUGAAUAUCUUUGUGUGAAUAAUUUUGCAGGACUCACCUGUUCAGGUGUCAUCAGAUAAAAGCUGUUACUUAUUCAUGUUUAUUAAUCUGUUUUAGGGGAUAAAAAUGUUUACAAUGCAAUAACUAUAAUUUUCUCUUGUAUGUUAAGUAUUAAAAGGAACCAUUUCAAAUUCCAUGAUCACUCAUCCCUUCCAUAAUCUCUUUCAUCACAGUGCCGACUGGGACACUGACAUUUCAACGGCAGGCUGUCAAGUCUACAGGCUGUCCUGUUUGGGAAAGGUAAAUGUUAAAGAGGCCAUUUCGUGACAGAGCCCACCACUACAAUAUGUAACACAACUCUCCUGCCUUAGUAAAUUUCUGUAUAUGUUACAGGUCAAAUUUGAUUUCAGGUCAAUUUCCUUGGUUUGUAGCCUUAAUUCAUGAAUAAUCAGGACUAGGAGACAAAGGAAAUCGAGAAUUAAUCUAGGUUAAAGAAAUUUAACCUGAAAUCAAAUUUAACCUGUAACAGAUACAUUAACCCAUUCGCUCCUGGAGAUUUUGCCGAAAAACGCGUUUUGAAGCUAGUCGAGUGGUUUUCUGGUCACUGUCGUGCUAUAAAGAGUUAAAACUUACCACAAACCGGUUUACAGGUCGUACACUUCAUGGCCUUCUGAUCCAGAUGCAAAAUAUCAGCUUGCGAAGUUCGGGCAUGCGCAGAAAGCUGGGUUUAAAAGUGACACAGUAGUCUUGACUUUUACUUUUCGCUUUCUCUCCUCCCCUCUUUUUUCACUUUUCUUGCCUUAUUUUGUUUUUCUCUUGCUGGGCAUUUAGUAGGCUUCAUUUUGGUGGGAAUAGUUUUUAGGAAAGCUUUUAGGAUCUUAGGAUUAGGUGAAAGGAAAGGCAGGUGGGCAAUGGAACAAGAUUUUCAUGGAGAUUUUCAGGUCAAUGUUACAUGGUUUUUUGCCUCUUUCUCCGGUGUCCUUGACUGAAUUGUGCUCAUUCUGGUAUGGUUUGAAAGAUCUCUUCACUCUGCACAAGUUAGCGGACAAAGUUGUCCUUGACCGUUAAAACUGAUGACGUCACAAAGGGUAGAAAGGACGUGGAUCCGCACGGGCGGUUGCUGGCGGUUCAGGGGCGAAUGGGUUAAGUAAACUGUUGCAUAAUUUAAAAACAAGAAACAAACCAGGGAAAAGCAGUUGACCAAAAAACACAAAAAUCAUUUAUCUUUAUGUUUCAGUUGUUCUGCCACCUUUGGUAAACUUCAUGUGUCUUCUAAAGGAACUAUAGAAGACAAUGGAGCAGGAUUCCUUCAGGUGAGUUCCUUGAACAGACUGAAACGACUAUAAAAACUGUACUCACCCUGACAAAGGUCUAACAUUUAAAAUCACUAGUGUUUAGAAUCUCUUAAUGUUAGCGUCUAUAAUUUAGUUGAUAGAACCAAUUCUUGUGUUUCACACAGUAGCAACAACACGCAGGGUGACCAACCCCGAUUUUAUCCUCCCAUCAAGAAAAAAAGGUUAUGAGAAUUGAUAUAGGAUCACUAAAGGGAAAAUGCUUUGAUCUUUAUCAAAUUCUCUCAACUAAUGUUUAAUACAUAAUAAACAAUAAUUCAAGGAAUUGUUUGGACAUCAGUCUUGUAUUUGUAUUUUGGGUUACAAUCCAUGUUUAAGCCCUUGUUUGUAAUUUAAGCCAGUUUAAUUUAAAAAGUUGAUGUAGAUUUAAGUAAUAGCUCCAAAAUAUUCAAAUUUCAGGUUGAUUUUGCCAACAAGUACAUAGGAGGUGGAGUUAUAGGAGAGGUGAGGUUGUAUAGACUGACUCCAGUAUGUUUAAUGCAUUAAAGCGCAAUUUAAAGAGGUAACAAAAAAGAGUGCGUUCAGAGCUAGCGAUCUGUAGCAGGUGUUUCCGUGCAGUUUUGGAGCAAAGAAUGAGGAAUGAGAGUCAAAGACCAAGCGAAAAAUGGGGCUUUUGUUCCAUUUUUCACGCAGCCAAAACCGAAAAUCCCAUUCCUCAUCAUUCCUUGGUCUUUCUUUGCUCUGGAACCACACAGAAACGCUUUCUCUGCAGGUUGAGCGAUAUGUGGUUGUUCUGUAUGCCCAAGCAAGGGAGUUUUCUACCUUGUUCACGUAAUUUGGUGCAUAUGGAGUUUUCCUCAUGCAGGAAGUAUGUGCCCCUUGUUUUUGUUUUUUUCUUUUUUUCUUUUUUAUCCACUGAUAUUUUUCAGCAUGAGAGGUGCCUGUCCCAGUCAUGUUUACUUGGUUAUUUCUUUAUUACGAAAUAACUUAAUUACUACUAUGUGCACUCUGAUUGGUCAAUUGAAGAGGGUAACCACUCUUCGUGUUUUUGUUGUUGCUGUUGUUGUUUUUUGCAUUCUUUCUGUUUUUCAAGCACCAACUCGGCUAUUUUAUCUUUGCAUAAUGUGUGAAAUCUUUUACCAUUUUCCUCGACUAAACAGCUUGUUGUUGUUGUUUUGGCAGGGCUGUGUACAAGAAGAAAUCCGAUUCCUUAUCUGCUCUGAAUUGAUUCUCUCUCGGUUGUUUAUUGAACGACUUGAUGCAAAUGAGUGUAUUAUUAUAACAGGUAAUUUAUUGUACCAUAGUACCUACAUAGCCAGACAGAUUACAGAUCCACCACUACUUUGGCCUGUUCCAAGCUUUCAGUUAGACAGAAACGGCAAAUAGAAGAAAAGGCAUAGAAAAAAAUGAACGGGUAAGGACUGGGGAGAGAGAAAGUUCCCGCCCUUUCUUUUCCCGCUGUUUUCUUGCUCACGGCGACUUCCGAGAGCCUGGAGCAGACCACUACCCUUUUAUCAUUAUAACAGGCAAUUCACAAUACUUCUCCCUCAUAUCUUGAUAUUAACCCUUAUUAUUAUAUUCCUGAAUCCGCGAGCGGCAAGAUGAAGCAAAUCCUGCAUUCUGAUUGGCUACCCGAGCGGGGACCAUCUUGCCCGGCUCGGGAUUUCCCGCGUCGGUCCCGCAAGUAUAAAGUUCUCUUUUUGGCCAUAUAAUAAAUCCUUUGUUGACCAAGCUUGUUGGUUCAAGAUGACUGAAUAUUGGCCUCGUUCCUUUUUGUGUUUUUAACCAGUGUCCAGCCAUCUUGACCUAACAAGCGUGGUCAGUAACUCAUACCGGUAUCUAAAGUCAUGGCAAAAAUAAUGUCCUUAACCUCUAUACAGUGUAAGAGGUAAACGACGUUAUAUUAAAUCGAUUUACUGGAUUGUGUUUAAAGGGCUGUGAUUCCUGAUAAACUGGUUUUACUGGAUUGUGUUUAUACUUGUUUGAUGGUUUGUGUGUGUAGGUGCUGAACGGUACAGUGACUAUGUUGGUUAUGCACAUACGUUCAAAUGGGCUGGAAACCAUGUUGAUCAAACAACACGGUGAGAAAUUACUGUAUUUCUUCCUUUAUAUUAGCGCCCAGGAAGCCCUAAUUUAUUUCGGUGCUCCACGACUUAGUGCUUUCUAGAAGCUUGGGAUUUAAAACCUUUGUUUUAUUAGAAAUUCACAUACAUAAUCUCUAGUUUAGCUCACAAAAUGCGCCAUAGUGCCUAACAAAGUGAUAAUAAUAUUGUUUAUUUUUUUUAUUUUUUUGAGGCGGUUGGGGGCUGUGAACGCAGUCUUUUUUGCGGCUGCCGCUUUUUUGCCGGAACUAUUUAUUUUUACUCUCUAUAUAUCUAUUUGUUUCAAUCUCGCCGGAGAGAAGUAACCUCUCAGAAUAUGACAACAAAAUUCACCUAUCGUAAACUGAAAAAGCUCGUUCAGUAUCUUGCGCCCUUUUUUUCCAAGGUUAUUUGUCCCUCGCUUAUAACAUGUUGAAUAUUAAAUCUUUUUUUUUAUUUAUUAGUAAAUAAUGUAUUUUUUCCAGAGACUCGUGGGGACGGCGGAACACUAAGAUAGUGGCAAUAGAUGCGCAUGUAUUUCGUUGUUACACGGACCAACUUGAAGCUGGUCUGCUUAAGCGAGAACUUAACAAGGUAAUAUGCAAACUAUUUAACUUAUCGCUUCCUCUGCUUUUGCAGUUAAGGGCCUGUUUACAUGGAGGUGAGGGACCCCAGGUAGGUGAGGUAACCCGCUUAGGUGGGGUAACCCGCCUGUCCAUAUAAUCUCUCAUUUCAAUUUGAUCACGUUUACAUGAUAGGUGGGGUGACCCGCCACAUGUUACCUCACCUACCUGGGCUCCCCCACCUCCAUGUAAAAAGACCCUAACUUGGGGUCUUGCGGGCAGGACAAUGAUUUAAAUCAGAAGAGAGAGGAGAGAAGAACUUUAAUACAGUCUUAGUGGGUCGUUAAAAUGGGAGGCACGUUGUCAUCUUAAGAAACAGCUUAAUAUAGUGAGAGCGCCAGUUGAGGUAAAAAAAAACACUAAAUACUCUCGAUUUUUUGUUGUUGUCGUUUUUUUCAGGCAUUCUGUGGGUUUCAUUCAGACCAAAAAUAUCUCCCAGCCAUUGCUACAGGUCAGAUAAGUUUUAUAUCGGUUAUUUUUAUAUAAAUUAUUUACUUAGUAAAUAGGUGCAGACAAGAGGAGACCUUUGCGGAUUGGCGAUUCUCUUUAUAUAUUCGAGGCGGGGGACUAUUUUUGCGAUCAGUUCAGAUGGGUUUCUCACUGGGAAUUAAUUUUUGCGAUCUUAAGGAAGUUCGUUCAUGAUUAAUUUCGUUUACUAGGGUCAAAAGACAGGCGGGGGAAUAUCCCAAAAAAAAAUACCGUUGUCGUUUUAAGUACGUAAAGUCGGUGUUGUCAUGCUAUUAUGUCGUGCUCUUGCACAUCUGUAGUCGAUUUCACUAAUGUAGGGUCUGAUUCAUGCUAGCCUGCGUAGCAAGCGUUUCCGUUUGGUUUCGGACAAAAGAAAGACCGAGGAACGGGAUUUUCGGUUUUAGCCGCAGAAGAAAUGAAACGAGAGCUAGAAAAAUGAAGGAGGGGGGAGGGGAGGGGGAGGAGAUCUAACCCAAUGGCCCACCCCCUCCCCGCUCUUUUACUUGCGCUAUUUUUCGCGUGGUCUUUGACUCUCGUUCCUCGUUCUUUUCUCGUAAACCGCACGGAAACGCUUGCUACGCAGGCUAGAUUCAUGCUAAUAACCAACUCAAUCGAUAUUUCUCUUCAGAGCAAUGGCGAUGUUUUCUUUUUUAAAAAAAAAAAAAAACUAAGGCUAUGUUUACACUAUACCGGAUAGGCACGAAAACCAUAUCGGAUAUAGCCUUUGUUCACACAUAAACUUGCUACGCAGGCUAGAUUCAUGCUAAUAACCAACUCAAUCGAUAUUUCUCUUCAGAGCAAUGGCGAUGUUUUCUUUUUAAAAAAAAAAAAAAACUAAGGCUAUGUUUACACUAUACCGGAUAGGCACGAAAACCAUAUCGGAUAUAGCCUUUGUUCACACAUAAGAACGGUGAUUUCGGCGCGAUUUCUGUAACGGAACGAAGCUGCGCUCCGCCGAUCUCUAAAGGGGAGAGUCACAUAUCGGAUAGAUGUUCAUACUCUACCGGAAAGCUUUUCUUGUCGGUACGAAAAGUUUUCCGAGACAGUGUGAACAUGGCCUAAUAAUUUUGACCAUAGAGUAAAUUUUGCGAGUUAAAAUUUUGUGGUAGUUUUUAUUGGUGGGAACUUUUUUGCGGAUCGCGGGAAAAAGCCCGCGCAAAAAUCGUAUAAAUGAGAACCGCAUAUAUUCGUAGACAAAAUUCUUUGGUUGCUUUUUGAGAACAUAACCUGACUAACAUUGCUUUUACUUAUUCAGGAAACUGGGGGUGCGGCGCAUUUGGUGGAGACCCAAGACUAAAAGGUACAAGAAAACCGAGUAACUUGUCUUUCUGCUUACAUGAUUGUUCCAACAGUUACAAUUUGCUUGAUCACAUCUUUACUGUUUACUCGUUCUGUUUUUUUUUUUAAAUUUAAACAAGAUAUGGAAAAAUUAAUGUCUAGCAGUUCAGUCCUUUCCUCUGCCGUGCCGUGUCUUUCCCUAUAACACCUAAUCUUCUUAACUGUACUUUGCUGAUCGGUUGUUUUACCAGAUGAUAACUUGUUUGUAUAUCUGGACAUAUCUGUAUGCUAGUUACUAAUCCUAAAGGUGUGCAAAAGGCGCAUAGGAAAUGACCUAGUUCGCCACAAGGUAGCCUGGAUCUGGAAGCAGUCUUUUCCGUUUCCCCUUUAGCCAAGCGAGAGAUGCGCGGGAGACGCGCGAGGGGCCCUCGCGUGACGCCCUCGCUUGACUGAAAGGAAACAGAAACGACUGCCACACAGUCUCACCACCUGUCUCUUUGCAACCUCGAUAUGUUGGUCUCUCUUCUCUCUUUUCCCGUCACAUGGCCUCUCUCCUGUACACCAAGGAACCGGGAGACCCUGGCAACGAGGCUGGUCCGUCCGUUACUCUCUGAGUUCAUAUCUCGUGGAGGACCCUGAUUUCAUCCUUUUCCCACGCUUGACUUAAAAAACAUUUUGUCUUGCUCCUAUCCUAGAUCCACAUUACGCGUCACAUUGUUUUUUUGUCAUCUUCAGGGUUGAUUCAGAUGAUGGCUAGUGCUGCCUGCUCCAGGGACCUUGUUUAUUUCACGUUUGGUGACGUUGUAAGUUUCAACGAUUUUCAUAUAUAUUUUCUUUUCGUCUCGUUUCUUUUCGUUUUCAAUCUUUUCUUGGAUACGGUAGUUAACCAAUAAUAAUAAUACUCAAUUCAUUUACUUACGGAACUUUACAAAUACUUGGUAUUUCUUUAGGGACUGGCAGACGAUCUCCUGGAUAUCCACUCGUUUAUAACAGAAAGAAAGCUAACAGUGGGUAGGUAAAAAGCUGCCGCAGGUAAUAAAUUGCGUUGUUAUCUGCCGUGUAGUAGCGUUCAAAGAGGCCAUGUUCGGGUGAAAUUCCGACAAGCGACAUAGCCUCGUAAAGAUGGCUUAAACACCGAGAAAAGACUAGGGACAUACGUACCCCCGCCCACCUAUGAGGGCCCUUCCGAAGAAUUAUUUCCACUGAGUUGCAGUCAAGACACGUGUGCUCCUUGUUUUGUAGUUGCUGUCUUAUUGAAGUCUAGAUUGCAUUGCCUACGCGGGAGUUGAUUCUUUGUAGCAUGUAACUGAACCCUUGUUUUUUUCGGACCUUUCUUUGCAGGUGAUGUUUGGAAAAUGAUUCAGCGGUACGGAAAAGAAAUUCGUGCGGCGAGCUCUGUGACGGUCAAGCUUUACGUGUUUAUGCGGCAGUUACAAGAUCAAUAUGAAUGCGACACUGACCAUGAACAAUCGGAAGACAAACAAGAACAAUGCGAAGCCACGUUGAGUUACAUUCUAGAACCUGAUUCAGAUUCCUACAAGGAUAACACGCCCUAGAGAUUUUCACUGAAAUUGUGUCGAGUCCUUUUUUUCUAACCUUCCCUUUGCCCUACACCCCCCCACCCCAACAGUCGCCCGUUGAGGGGAGGGAUGGGGCGAAGUGACGGCUGACAUUUCAGACUACUGAGUAUUUCGUUCUUAGUUAGAAGCUAAAAAUGAUACAUUUCGGUUAUUACUCCUUAGCCUGCGAGCAAGCUCUCCAUUUGGGGGAGAGCUUGCUCGCAGGCUAAUUACUCCUGGGAGAUUUAACAAGUGUCACAAAAAGAGUAUCUAAGACAAAUAUAUUUAUAUAGUACAUACUAUCGACAAAUUAUUUUAUGAUAUAUUUUUGUCUGGUUCUCUAUUUUUGUCUUAGCUUCUCUUGGAGGCAUGCGGGUAAAGUAUUAUUUCGUUUUCACGCUUCAAACUAAAAACAAAACGAGCGAAAUAAUUGGUUGAAGAAGUUAUAAGGGCCGUGGAAGAAUCUAUGCGGGAGAAUUACCUAAUUAUAACGUUUUGUGGAAAUAAAGAUCCCUAAACAGUAACUCCUCUCAUGUCUUGUCUUAUGUGCAACUAGUUAUUUUAGAUCGCCGCUCAACGAAGUACAGUGCAACCUCGUUAAUGCGACCACCGUUGGGCCAUAAAAUCCUGGUCGUAAUAACGAGGUGGUCGCAUUAACGGGGUCUUCAAAAUAAUAAAAUGACUCAAUGGUUUUUACGUUUGGUUUGAAAGAAUAUGGCCGUAAUAACUAGGUGGUCUUAUAAACGGGGUGGUCGUAAGGCGGGGUUCCACUGUAACGAGGUGGUCGCAUUAACGGGGUCUUCAAAAUAAUAAAAUGACUCGGUGGUUUUUACGUUUGGUUUGAAAGAAUAUGGCCGCAAUAACUAGGUGGUCUUAUAAACGGGGUGGUCGUAGGGCGGGGUUCCACUGUACAAGUUUUACGGUUUCCUUUUCUUUGGCAAAACAGAAGAAUAAAAAGAGGGCGUAAAGCGAAUUCCCGCCUGGGCUGAAUCGUCUCAAAACAGAACUUGCAAAUGCCGCGGCUCCAACUUAUGGUCAAGGCUAGAGUUAUAUUUUUUCAGAGACAUAUUCUGUGAGUGCAAUAUAUAGUUUAUUCAGGGGGAUAAAUGAAAAUUGUUUUAACCACAAUGUAGGCCCGGUUGUAUGGACUGUAAUACUUGAGGAGCUUAGCCAAUCAGCAGCAAAUUAAUUAACCAAGUUGGUAGACUUGCCUGUUGGGUUAGCUGACCAUGAGAACUUUCCAUUGCAGCAUAUCCUGUGAGUGAACUUGUGAAGAAAGCUUAAUCUACACGUCUUCAUUGACGAUAACGGCCAAAGAACCAAUCAAAUUAAUGCUAGCGGUAAAACCGCUCGAUAGGACUAAGCAUACAAACAGGGUCAAACAGGAACUUCAGUGGGGGUAAAACUCACGUUCAGCUAUAAUCCAGGAAAAUGCUAUACCUUAACAAAUCCUUCUAAUAGACGAUAUUGCUCACCCGGCAAACACUCAGGAACCGUCGUCAGGAAAUAUACCUUGGACUAUAAACUGUUUAUUUUAAUAACAAACUCGCACGUACUACCAGGUUCAAAGUAAUUAUUCGGAUACUCUAUGCACGAGAAAAACCUUGAAAACGACAACACACUCGCCCGUUGAUAUAUAGAGAGAAGACACUUCUCGGCAGUAGGCAGCACAUAUUUUUUUACUAAUCUCUUUCUUUCAAGCUGUAGAGCUAUCUUUGCAAUUUACUCCCUAGUUCCAAUUCAGUUUUCAAAGCCAUUCGACGCCGUUUUUUUAAACCGUUUUCGUCGCGAUACAUACUCAAUGCUUUCCACCUUUCAACUACCCCACCUUAAAGGGUCUACACGGGUCCUGGCCAAUUUUUGAACUGACAAAAACUUGCAUAGGUCCGCCUUUCGUUUUCACGGGACCUGCAGAACCGUGUACGUUUUUGAACGGCGAUCAGUACUGUAAUCUGUAACAGAAUUUGCACGGUUCCUUGUAAAGGUAAAAAAAUUCGUCCGUUCAAAACUUUUCCGGGCCGUGUGAACUUAGAGAUGCUCGGUUCCCUCCGAGCCUCCCCUGGAUGUUCUAGGUUUUUUGCGUGCUUUCUGUUAAAGUAGCAUGGUAAAAAAAUGUGAAAUUUUCACACCUCAGAGCAAGACCGAACAAUUAACCAAAGUUGGGCCAUCUGAGAGUAUUAAAUUGAUACCUAAAACAUAUAGACUGUCCUAACACCAAAAUUUCUAAGUACGGUAAAAUAGAAAGAGAAUUUUUUUUGCUUUUAACAAGACUAGGGACAUACGUACCCCCGCCCACCUAUGAGGGCCCUUCCGAAGAAUUAUUUCCACUGAGUUGCAGUCAAGACACGUGUGCUCCUUGUUUUGUAGUUGCUGUCUUAUUGAAGUCUAGAUUGCAUUGCCUACGCGGGAGUUGAUUCUUUGUAGCAUGUAACUGAACCCUUGUUUUUUUCGGACCUUUCUUUGCAGGUGAUGUUUGGAAAAUGAUUCAGCGGUACGGAAAAGAAAUUCGUGCGGCGAGCUCUGUGACGGUCAAGCUUUACGUGUUUAUGCGGCAGUUACAAGAUCAAUAUGAAUGCGACACUGACCAUGAACAAUCGGAAGACAAACAAGAACAAUGCGAAGCCACGUUGAGUUACAUUCUAGAACCUGAUUCAGAUUCCUACAAGGAUAACACGCCCUAG